AUGCGCGGACGGCGACGUCGUACUCUUAGUAGUGAGAUGCGCCGCAUCCGUUACAAUGCCCUGAGCAGCAGCGACAACGAUGCAGCGCGGAGCAACGAGGGGAACCCGUCCGUCUCGUCGAGCGGCAUCCAUACAUCCCUCACAGGGCAGGACCUGGGCGGUCGAUCAGACGUCGUGGUGAGCGCGCCGGCCUUCGCGACGAGCUCCGGUAUGUCGCUGGUGCUCGCCAUUCCGCCCCUGAAGAAGCGCAGCUUUCGGCGUUGGAUGCGUGAGUUGCUGCACCUGCCGAUUCCCCCGUCCACCGAAACGCGUCAGCUGCCGUUUGGGUACCUCCCCGGCGAGUGGGCCCCCGUCGGCUACCCCGGCAACGCUGUGAACAACCGCCGCUACACCCUCUUCACGUUUCUUCCGCUGGCGCUCGUGCACCAGUUCCAAAGUGUGUUUAAUUUGUUCUACCUCUUUCUCGCGUUCUCGCAGUUCAUCACGGUGCUCAAAGUUGGCUUCCUCUUCACGUACUUCUCCCCGCUCGUGAUGGUUGUGUGCCUGUCGCUGCUGAAGGACGCACUGGAUGAGUGGAAGCGUUUUCGCCGCGAUCACGUCGCAAACGUGGAGGUGUACGAAAAGCUCACCCGUGGAGGCGAAAUCUUGCCGGUGAAGUCGGCCGACAUCCACGUCGGAGACCUUCUCCUCUUGCACCAUGAUCAACGUGUCCCGGCCGACUGCGUCGUUCUCCACACGUCGGAGAAGACGGGCACCACAUUCAUCCGAACCGAUCAGCUGGAUGGUGAGACGGACUGGAAGCUGCGGUAUCCUCUGCGCACCACGAGAGGCCUGUCCUACGCGCUGCUAAGCCGGCUGCGGUUCAACCUCAGCUGUGACGUACCCCUCAAGGACAUCUACAGUUUUGCCGGCACGUUAGACACCGCGAAUGGGCAGACGGAGUCCAUGACGAUGGAGAAUGUGCUCUGGACCUCCUGUGUGGUGGCCACGGGCACCGUAGUGGCCGCGGUGGUCUACACCGGCCGCGAAACACGCAGCGCGCUGAACUCCACAAAUCCUCGCAACAAGUCCGGCCUUAUCGAAAGCGAGCUCAACUGGCUUGCUGUGUUGUGCUUCUCCUUGCUGCUGCUCCUCUCCCUUUUGCUGGUGGCGCAGCAGGAGUUCCGCGGUGAUGCGCCCGUGAUGUUUAUUCGCUUCUUUAUUCUGCUCUCUGCGAUUAUUCCCAUUUCGAUGCGCGUAAACGUCGAUGUGGGUCGGCUGUGGUACUCCUACGACAUGUCCCACGACGACAAAAUCCCCGGCACGGUGGCACGCAACACCGACCUGCCCGAGGAGCUGGGACGGCUGCGUUACCUCUUCUCCGACAAGACCGGCACCUUGACAAAGAACAAGAUGGAGUUCCGCGUCAUGCAGGUGGGACCCGACACGGUGCUAUCGGACCGCGACACAGACCGCCUGUCCUUCGCAGCGCAGGAAUUCUUUGGCGCGACCGCGGCAGAGAACAACGACGGCCGUCACCCGCCCCCUUCACCUCCGACGGCGGGUGCCGCUGCCUACGGCUCGAAUCGGUUUGGCGGUGGCACCAAUGCGAAGCAGUGGGCUCGCGACGUGCAGACCGUGGGGGAGCUGAUUAAAACGAUCGUUCUGUGCCACAACGUGAGUCCCGUGCUGGAGGAGGAGUUUGUGGAUCUGGCCGGCGACAUCGACGGCGCACCUGCCACCACCACGUCAUUGUCCUCCCCUCCGCCGCCGCGGGUGAUGAACGACGCCCCAUUGGACUAUCAAGCGUCGUCGCCAGAUGAAGUCGCCCUCGUCAAGUUCUGCUGUUCUCUCGGGGUCGUUCUCACCCACCGCGACCUCACCAGCAUGGCGUUUACGGUGGGUGCGGCGGCCCAGCUGCACACCUGCGCAAUCGUCAAAAUGUUUCCCUUCUCGUCGGAGCGCAAGUGCAUGGGAAUCAUUCUACGCGAGCGGAACAGCAGCACCAACAACAACGGAGGUGGGCAGGAGAGCAUCAAGUUCUACAUGAAGGGUGCUGAUAUGAAGAUGGCCUCUGUCGUGCGGCAGUCUGAGUGGCUGGAGGAGUGCUGCCAGGAGCUGGCGCAGAUGGGUCUGCGCACGCUGGUCUUUGCGAGUCGCGUGCUGAGUGAAGAGCUGCUGGCUCGCUUUUUGCACGAGUACGAGGCCGCCAUGGGCGUUCUCGGCGAGGGCCGCACUGACGCGAUCGAGUCGUCGAUGCGCCUGAUAGAAACGGACAUGACGCUUGUCGGGGUUACCGGGGUGGAGGACGAGCUGCAGGACGACGUCGCUGUCUGCCUGGAGUCACUGGGCAUGUGCGGCAUCAAAGUGUGGAUGCUCACCGGCGACAAGGUGGAGACUGCCACGACGAUCGGCCGCUCCACUCGACUCAUCCCACGGCACUGCCGCGUCGAGUACUUGUGCGGGAUGUCGCCGCCUGACAUCGGCCGACGUCUGCACGAGCUGCGCGAGGAGUUCCGCUGGGGCGUGACGGGGGGCGGGGUGGUGCCACGGUGGGUCCUCGUGCUGGAUGGCAACGCCCUGGCCUACUGCCUCACCUACGCCCCGUUCUUUGCUGAGGUGGCCCGGACGGCGUACUCGGUGAUCGUUGCGCGGUGCUCGCCGACGCAGAAGGCGGCCGCAGUGAAGAUGAUGCGCGACUGCGAUCGCCAAGUACGCGUGGCGGCCAUCGGCGACGGCGGCAACGAUGUUUCAAUGAUUCAGGCGGCAAACGUUGGCAUCGGCAUUGAAGGCGUGGAGGGCAAGCAGGCCAGCAUGGCGGCCGACUUCUCGAUCACGAAGUUUUCGCACUGUCUGCGGCUCAUCAUGUGGCAUGGACGCAACUCCUACCGCCGCACCUGCCGCCUCAGUCAGUUCAUCAUGCACCGCGGCAUUGUGUACUCGAUUGUGCAGACCGUCUUCUCUGUACUGUUUGCCGGCACCACCAUGUCCGUCUUCAACGGAUACCUGCUGAUGGGCUACUCGACCGUGUUCACCAUGGCGCCCGCCUUUGCCCUCGUGCUGGAUGAGGACUUCAAGGAAUCCGACGUGCACGAGUACCCGUUUCUGUACAAGGAUCUGCUCAAAUCGCGCUCCAUGAAUGUCCGCACUUUUUUGCAGUGGGUGUGGGCAUCGUUUUUUCAAGGUGGCGUCAUGAUGCUCGUCGCGCUGCAGCUCUUCAGCGACGAGAUGUUUCAGAUCGUCACCAUCGCCUACACGUCUCUCUUGAUCACGGAGCUCGUCAUCAUCGGGGCAACAGUGCACCUAGGCAUUCUCUGGCGCGAGCGUCGUCGCCGCUUCUUCCUCUUCCUCGGCGCCGAGGUGUUCUCGUUGUUGGUGUUUUUCCUCGCCGCCCUCGUGCUGCCCGACACCUUCGAUCGGGACUUCUUCUUUUCGUGGAGCUGCUGGUGGCGUGUGGCGGUGAUAUGUCUCGCGAGCAUAGGUCCGCUGAUGGUGUUUCAGCUCAUUGGUAAGUUCAUCCUGUUCAACCCCCGCGUCGCCGUGUCUUUCUUUGGUCGUCGAUGA